AUGGCCUGCUGGCAUGACCGCCCUGCGACCGCCCCUCUGCUGUACCCUGUCUUGAUCUGCUUGCUGACGGUCCUGCCUCGUCUCAUUCUUGCGCUGCAAUCUGUGCCCGGAUCUCCCUGCGAAUCUGUAUGCACUGUCGCGGGCAGUCUCGAAGACGACGUCAUCUGUCUCGACGCCGACUACAAGUCCCUCGACAACGGGCGGAAGCUCCAGAAAUGCGUGGCAUGUCAGCUCAACAGCACGGCUGUGGACUCGAGUAACAAUGAGACGGACGUUGGAUGGGCUUUAUUGGCCCUUCGUUAUACCCUCGCCGGAUGCAUGUUCGCCAUUCCCGAGCAGCACAUCUCGAUCAGCAGUCCCUGUCAAGUCAGCUGCGCCGUCUUGAACGCCUCCAUCGGCUACCAAGUAAGAAACGACAGUUCCAGCGCGCCCACCAAUGACUUUUGCAAUGUUGGCCGAUUCGACGAUGCCGACAUCAACAAGUGUGCCUUCUGUUACAGCUUCAUCCCUCAGCAAUUGUUCCUCGCCAAUUUUCUGCAAGCUUUGCAUAUUGUUUGUCGUCAGCCACCAACGCCCGGGAAACCGUUUUAUCCCGAUGCAGAUGCAAUAUUCAACGAAACCCUGAUAGCAGGACCGAGCACGUCCUCGGGCCAUUCUGGCAGUAGCUCCGGUCUGCAUGGAUGGAAACUCGGGGUGGCCAUUGCACUGCCUAUUGUUGGUGGCAUCCUACUCAUUGGGGGCACCUGCUGGGGAUGCUUCGUGUUUACGCGCAAGCGACGCCAGAAAAUGGCCCGGACCGGUCGCAUGAGCAAAGUUCAUGAUGCCUACGCCGGAGGAGGGAGUAUGUACAGUCCUAUGUCUGCCAAAGCCGACCCUCCAUGGGGCCACGCCGAGCCGCCACGAGAAAUGCACGCCAUCAGUCCGACAAUCUCGCAUCACGCGAAACAUCAUAGCCCCGGACUCGCGCAAGGCCGCUGGAGUCAUCAGCCCGGAGAGCCGGAGCAGGUAACUCCAUUACGGACCAGUUUUCAACGCGAUGAUGUUGGACCAGGCCCCGGCCAGAUCCACGACCCUGACUUGCAUGAGCAAUUUUUCGCCGUGGGCGACGACCCAGACCAUGUCCCUGAGCCGCCUUCUGGACAGGGUCACCACGACCCUCAUCACACUUACGACCCGCAUGGACAGCAAUAUCAUGCCUAUGGUGGACAGGAGCAGGGCCGGUUUAUCUGA